UGGAGAAGGACUGAUGGGCGUCCAGUUCAGAGCCUUGAAGACCAUCACCUGGAACAAAGAAAGUCCAUCAUUGGAUCAUUCAUCCUGAGCUAUAAUGUCUGAUCAAACAACCACCGUGGCGCCCGAUUCAGCCCCCCCAGUUCCCUCCGGACCCCCACCUAAAGUGACGAGCCGCGGACGCUCUGCAGAUCCCAUCGACAGCUCCAACACCGAUUCUACCGCAGAUAUACCGGAGUUUGAGCCCUUUGGUUUGCCAGGACCAAGAGGAUUUCCACCUUUGACUGAGUUUCUCGACAUCUUCGAUGUAGACAUGAUGAAAAGGCAGAAUGAGAUCAACAAGCAACAACACCACACCAACCUUUUCAACUCUGUCGACCUCAUCAUUCGCAGAGGACAAGAGUUCCAGGUUAAAAUCAACUUCAACCGUCCGUACAAUCCGGCUACGGACAAGUUCGCUGUGGAGUUUGUCAUCGGUACCAGCCCUCAUUACAGCAAGGGCACCUAUAUUCCUGUCUUCCCCAAUAAGGAGCGUCUGACCACCUGGGAGGGCCGCAUCACAAACAACUCAGGCAACACGGUCACCAUUGGCAUCACCCCUACAGCAAACUGCGUCGUUGGAAAGUACCACAUGUAUGUUGCCGUGAUGACGCCCUUUGGCAUACGCAGGACGAGACGGGACGACAGCCGGGACCUCUACAUCCUCUUUAAUCCCUGGGUGAAAGAUGACGCCGUGUUCCUGGAUGAUGAAGUUGAGAGGCAGGAGUGUGUGUUGAAUGAGAUAGGGAUCAUCUAUCAUGGUGCAUUUGACGACAUCGCUGAGAGGAACUGGAACUAUGGACAGUUUAACUAUGGAGUCCUGGAUGCCUGUCUGUACAUCAUGGACCGUGCUGAGAUGCCCAUCACCAACAGAGGAGACCCCAUCAAGGUGGCCAGAAAGGCCUCUGCCAUGCUGAACUCCCGUGAUGAUGAUGGCGUGCUGGUCGGGAGCUGGAGCGGUGACUACACCUACGGAGUGGCACCCACUUCCUGGACUGGCAGCACAGACAUCCUGCUCAGCUACUCAAGAAGCAAGAUGCCCGUCUGCUACGCUCAGUGCUGGGUCUACGCUGCUGUCUUCAACACCUUCCUGCGCUGCCUCGGCAUUCCAUCCCGGGUUGUCACCAACUACUACUCCGCUCAUGACAACGACGGAAACCUGAAAACUGACAUCAUCCUAGAAGAGAGUGGCAGGAUUGACCGCAACCGCACCAAAGACUCAAUCUGGAACUAUCAUUGCUGGAAUGAAUGCUACAUGUCCAGACCAGAUCUCCCAGUAGGCUUUGGAGGCUGGCAGGUUGUAGAUGCAACGCCACAGGAGACCAGCGAUGGUAUGUACAGAUGUGGUCCUGCAUCAGUCAUGGCCAUCAAACAUGGACACACGUGCUACCCAUUUGAUGCUCCCUUUGUGUUCGCUGAGGUGAACAGCGACGUGGUGUUUUACUCCCGCAGCAGAGAGGGGACCAUGGAGCCGGUCAAAGUGAACCAUUCCCAUGUGGGCCGCAUGGUGCUGACCAAAGCUCCUGGAACAAUGGCCCGCCGUAAUAUCACGGAUCAGUACAAGUUUCCAGAAGGUAGUACAGAGGAGCGGACCGUCCUGGAGAAAGCAGAGGAAUACGGCUGCAAACGGGAGAAGUCUGAGCUUCCUCCAGCUGAUGUGGACCUGGUCCUGCCCACAGUGGGGGUCAGCAUUGGCGAAGACUUCACUCUGAGUCUGGAGUUCAUAAACCACAGUGAUGAACGCCGCGUUGUUGACACCUACAUCAGCGGGAAUGUGGUGUAUUACACAGGAGUCACCUCCACCGAGUUCCUGUUUGAGAAUCCCACUGUGAAGAUAGGUCCCAACCAAAGUGUGAGGGAGCUGUUGACAGUCGAGGCGAAGCACUACAUAAAUCAGCUGGUGGAGCAGGCGAACCUCAACUUUAUUGUCACAGGGAAGGUUAAAGAGACCGGACAGAUCGUCAGCACCAUGAAAGUUAUCCCCCUGCGCAAUCCUAGACUCACCGUCACGGUGCCAGAAGGUGGAAGAGUGAGCGAAGAGAUGACUGCGACUGUGGAGUUUACCAACCCCUUUCAGUUCAACCUGGAGGGUGUCUACGUUCGAAUGGAGGGACCUGGACUCAUGCAGCCCAAACUGAAGUAUUACAGUCUCAUCCCAGCGGGCUCCUCCCUGGUCUGGGUCGAGUAUUUCACCCCGCAGAGGGCCGGCAGCAGCAGGGUGAUCGCAACUCUGGACUGUCCCGCUCUGAGGCAGGUUCACGGGCUGGCGUCUGUCACUAUCGACCCCUGAGGAUCAGUGAUGCCCCUCAUCUAUCACCAUGCUUAAGCUUCAGCCAAAAUAAAAAGCUAACAUACAGUUACACAUGUAGGUUUGUUGCAGGUAAUAAGGUGAAGCAUCAGCAUUUUUGUUUCUGCUGAAGUCGUACUUUUGGUGAAAAAACACACAUGGAUCUCUGGCUCUUAAAGACGUAAAAUUAAUGUUUUUAAGGCAAGAUUAAAAUCAAUUAUAGUGUUUAUACUGUAUCAAAUAUUAAACAGCUUAAAGGAUUUUUACAUUAGAAAAUGAUGAUUAAAUGCUAAGGGAAUAAUUUGGAAAUUUAUACAUGAUUCCUUAGUUUCAAGUGAAAAGCAUGCUUCAGUUAAAAAAAAAUAUAGUCAGUCCUUAAAUAGUGCUUAUACACUAAUCACAUUUUAAUUUACUGCCAUUGGCCUUAUUUGACAAAGUCAUCCAUUAGUUUUGAUGCAUCAGAUUUCAGGUUGUCUUUUUGUAACAUGAUUCUUAAACUAGGAAGAAAUAUAAGCUGCAUUUAUGUAUUUUCAGCCAUUUAGGGGCAGAUUUACACAGCAUGAGAUAACAUAAGCCCUGAUAUGUAGCUGCUUCAAGAAAGCCAAUGCUGCUGCUUUACAAGUUUGAUACUCAACAUUCGAUUUUUACUUACUUUCUGUUUCCAGGUCGAUAUUUCACACUUCAGACAUCACAGAGACGUUAAUUUUCUAUUUCAGCAAGUUUCUAGGCUCACAUGAACACUUGAAGUCAGGUGUAAUUUGGAUUCAUAAGAGCUGAUUUUUUCUUUUAAUUGAAUUGUGCAGCUGAAAAAAAAUCCCAAACUAUGAUAUCAAAGAGGCUAAAAAGCUCACUUUCUCUGCAGAAUCUUUCAUUUUAAUUUUUCAUGAUGAUAUGAGAGACAAAGUUAAUGAUGAAGUAAACAUUUUAUCAGUCAAUUCAGCUUUGGAUUCAUUUUCAAAUUGUACAACCGGCAUUCAGCAGCAGCUGUUAAACUAAAGUACCAGUGUCUCUGCUAAAGGACCGUUUCUCUGUUUUUUUUAUAACUGUCACAUUGUUUCUGACAAUUUUUG